GUGCUGGAGAAGAAGCAGGACACCGGGGAGACCAUCGAGCUGACGGAGGAUGGGAAGCCCCUGCAGGUGCCCGAGAAGAAGGCGCCGCUGUGCGACUGCACGUGCUUCGGCCUGCCGCGCCGCUACAUCAUCGCGGUCAUGAGCGGCCUGGGCUUCUGCAUCUCCUUCGGCAUCCGCUGCAACCUGGGCGUGGCCAUCGUGGACAUGGUCAACAACAGCACCAUCCACCGCGGGGGCAAGGUCAUCAAGGAGAAAGCCAAAUUCAACUGGGACCCGGAAACAGUGGGGAUGAUCCACGGUUCCUUCUUUUGGGGCUACAUCAUCACCCAGAUUCCGGGCGGCUACAUCGCGUCUAGGCUGGCAGCCAACAGGGUGCUGGAGAAGAAGCAGGACACCGGGGAGACCAUCGAGCUGACGGAGGAUGGGAAGCCCCUGCAGGUGCCCGAGAAGAAGGCGCCGCUGUGCGACUGCACGUGCUUCGGCCUGCCGCGCCGCUACAUCAUCGCGGUCAUGAGCGGCCUGGGCUUCUGCAUCUCCUUCGGCAUCCGCUGCAACCUGGGCGUGGCCAUCGUGGACAUGGUCAACAACAGCACCAUCCACCGCGGGGGCAAGGUCAUCAAGGAGGUGGGCAUCGGCUGGGCCGCCCUGGCUCCCGCUUGCCGGCCAGGUUCCUAUGCCGGAGCUGUGAUUGCAAUGCCUUUAGCUGGCAUUCUUGUACAGUACACUGGCUGGUCUUCAGUAUUUUAUAAAUUCAAGACUCCAUGGAGGAAAUUUUUUACAUCUAUGCCAGUCUAUGCAAUAAUCGUUGCAAACUUCUGCAGAAGCUGGACUUUUUAUUUAUUGCUUAUUAGUCAGCCAGCAUAUUUUGAAGAAGUCUUUGGAUUUGAAAUCAGCAAGGUGGGUAUGCUGUCUGCUGUGCCACACUUAGUGAUGACAAUUAUUGUGCCUAUUGGAGGGCAAAUUGCAGAUUUUCUAAGGAGCAAGCAAAUUCUUUCAACUACUACUGUGAGAAAGAUCAUGAACUGUGGUGUUUCAGGUUUCAAUGUUAACCACUUGGAUAUUGCUCCAAGAUAUGCCAGUAUCUUAAUGGGCAUUUCGAAUGGUGUUGGCACAUUAUCAGGAAUGGUUUGCCCUAUCAUUGUUGGUGCAAUGACAAAGAAUAAGUCACGUGAAGAGUGGCAGUAUGUCUUCCUGAUUGCUGCCCUAGUCCACUAUGGCGGAGUUAUAUUUUAUGCAAUAUUUGCCUCAGGAGAGAAGCAACCUUGGGCAGACCCUGAGGAAACAAGUGAAGAAAAAUGUGGAUUUAUCCAUGAAGAUGAACUUGAUGAAGAAACAGGGGACAUUACUCAAAAUUAUAUAAAUUACGGUACCACCAAGUCUUACGGUGCCACAACACAGGCCAAUGGAGGUUGGCCCAAUGGUUGGGAAAAGAAAGAGGAAUUUGUACAAGAAGAGGUACAAGACUCAUAUAGCUAUAAGGACCGAGAUGAUUAUUCAUAACAAAACUAACUGCUGGAUUUAUUUUUAGUGUUUGUGAUUAAAUUCAUUGUGAUUGCACAAAAAUUUUAAAAACUGUGGUGUAAACAUGUAAACUUACCAACCAGGCAAGUCUUGCUGUAAAAAUGAGAUCAAAACAAACCCAUGAAGUUACCAUCAAGUGCAAUCUGUAGAAGUUGUCAAGUUCCAUCAUUUCCAUUCAGGUAAUCCAUUCUCGCCUUUGUGACUGGUCAAAAUUGUAGAAACAAAUAGUUAUUCACUGGAUUCAUAUGAGCUAAAACUCAUCACCAUUUAAUAAAGCACAACUAGAACAGUUGGCACAUCUCAUCCUCCAAAGGUUAGGAAGCCAAAGCUACUUGAUCAUGCAACAUGCACUUAAAUAUUUGUUAC